GCCAACAUUGAGUGACGCGCGUAUUUAUGUUUCAAAUAAAAAUAUAAUCGAUUCGAAAUAUUACGUUUGUUUUUAUAUGUAAAUAUAAUUUGUUGAAGCUUGUGUUUGUAUGAAGUGAUGUCCAGUGUCCGUGUUAUGUUCCGUAUACCUCGCUCGUGUCCCGCGUAUGUCAUUGGAUUCGUUUAGCCAGUUGCAACAAACGAAAAUGUGACUGUUUGUUUUAAUGUCAAGUUUUAAUCGAUCGACGAUCGAAAAUGGGUUUUAUUGACGGUUUCUUCACGAUAUAAUGAUGAAGAUGAGAGAGUUUAUGAGGAUUACGUUGGUGUGUGUGUGCGCUUUCCUUUUGGCAGUGCGUGAGACAAGGUGUGAGGAUGAAGUGUCCGAAGUGGAGGAAGGAGGUGCCCUGAGAGGGGAGGAUCAGAAUGAGCAGAGGAAGGAUUCCAAAGGUCCCAUACCAGGUGGUGGUAGGCGGACGACAACGCAGAGCAGUGCAAACGCAACGAGGGAUUCGCAACUGCUCUCCCUGCUCGCCGCGCGAAGGCGACAGCUUCUCAACGAAAGACUGGCGACGCAUAUCAAUGCACUAGCGUCAUUAGCACAUAAGGCUAACAAAACCAACACAACAUUCGCCCAGUUGGAAGUCCGAGACUCAAAUAACUCUAUAGUGAAGAGGAUAACGUUUGAGAAUUCGAGCAAUGAACCUCCGUCGACAUUGAGGCUUAUAACCUCUGAUGGUUCGAAAGAAAUUCGACAAGACCUAAAACCACACGAAAUAAGACAUAUUUUCGUACCCAGGGUGUAUCAGGACUCGAAGAGCAGAGCAGGUUUUAUGAAUAACAGAAGAAGAGAGGGAAUCAAUAAGUCUGCAACAAUACCUGAACGUCUCGAAAUAACUGAAAGUAGUAUAGUAUACGUCCCACCUGAAAAGUACGAAAACCUGGAUAAAGAUGUUGAGUUAGACCCCGAGGAAGAAUUCCAGGUGGAUGAAUCAAAUCAUGGUCUUUAUCUACUUAACUAUUCAGACACAGAGAAUGUAACACAAAACACAAACGUUAAUACAACCGUCAGCGAUGUUAAAAAUAAUGGUACUGCGAUCGAAACUACAACGCAAUCUAGCGAAUCUUCUAAAAAUGAAACGUCCGAGAAACCUGUUCAAAAGGAAUCAGAAGAAAAACCAGAAACUAACAUUAUUGCCAACAGCACUGAGAGUAAAAAUACAAAGUUAAUAAAAGUCGACAAUGAAAAGGAAAAUCUCACAAGGUUUAUGACUGAUGAAAUUUACAACCAUUUUAGACCACUUGAAACUGAGUUACCCGUUGAAGAAAUGGCCCCUUUCAAAUAUUUCGGACAAAAAUUAGGAGGGCCGGCUAUAAGUGAUAAUCUUACUAACUCCCCAACACUAUCAGCAUCCACAAAAUCUGUGAAUUUUAUAGUAGCACCAUUGGAGAAAAGAAAGUUCAAUUCAAGAUAUUCAGCUACAGAAAAGUAUAAAAAUACUAGCGUAGACGAAGAAGAAAUUAAUGAAGAUAUGGACGUAUCAGUCGUUAAAAAUGUUAUAGAGAAAAAUAAAAUCAGAAAUACAGUCAAAGGGCCAGCUCCAGCACGCCACGUUGGAUUGGUUAAUGCUUAUAGAAAGUUUUCGACUACUGUUCCACCAACUACAAAAUCACCUAAUAUUGCUCAGCUCAAUGUUACUGAGUCCAUAGUUCAAUAUUCUACGCCUAGUAUUAUAGAUAAAAACAAAGAUAGUAAUAAGAUAAAUAGUACUGCAACCAGUAACCCCGCGUUAAAACUCAAUAGUACUAACACAACAAAAGACAAUCCAUUAAAUAAAACUAUGACGCCUCCCACUUCGCCAAGAAAUUUUACUAGAAAUUAUUCCAAUAUCAGGCGACGUCCAUUAAGAGUGACACCAGCUAGUACUGAAAUUACUCCAGUACUCAGCACAGCGAUAAUAAAUGCAACUACAACUGAGAAGGCAUCCACGUCUGUUUAUACAGCUGUAGUUACAUCAGUGUCUAUUACUUCUUCCAUGAAAGGGCAGAAUAAAACAGAUGGUACUUUGAAAGAUGAAGACAAUACUACAGUAUCAGAUAUUUUAGAAGUAACUAAUGGUACUAUCCCAAAAGCAACCACUAUUAAUGAAACCGAAAGUACGACAGUCAUGCCUUCAAGUUUCAGGCCUAAACACAUAAUUCGAAUAAGAACAACAACAACCGAUAAUCCAAAUCCUACGCCUAUUACGGCAUCUCCUGUAGCCAGUGAAUUAUCUACUAAGUAUGUACCGCUUAUCAAAAAUGAAACUGAAUCAAAGAUAUCUGAAAGAUUGGCUAGUUUAUUCCGACAGAGAAAUAUCGAAAAUGCGACAAACUCGACUAGAACUAAUAAGCAUAGGAGAAGGCGACCUACAACGACUACUUCUACAACUACUACGACUACGACUCCAGAACCAACAUUACAAUCAGCUGAGAGAGUUGCGGAAUCUCCUAUGUCUACCACCCCAACGACGGUCUAUGCUAGUUUCCUCACAUCAACGCUGCCUUCAACUACAACGGCCUUCAAACCAUUUGUAGUAACAUCUCGAACAUCGUCUGAAUCAAGUUCCAAACCAGUAUUAGUUCCAAGCAGUACAACUAGAAAUGACAAAACUGUCAAUAAAACGGCUGGUGAAGGAAUCGAAGUACCAGCAUCACAAAAUGAGGAGGUGGUUAUAGAGGCUGAGAAAACGUAUACCGCGUCAUAUGUUUUAGCUGGUUUAGGAUUUUUACCUGUUGCAGCAAUAGUAGCUUUUGUUCUUAGAAGUAUAUUGAAUAAGAAAACCAAAGAAAUCGAUACGGAGUACGAGGGGUACUUCGAAGAUGGGGAUAUUAAGAAGGAGUCACCUAUUACCCCUGUAGCAAGACCUCCACUGCCCACACCGACGAAGCCUGAUCAGAAAUGGGAGUUCCCAAGAAAUAAGUUACGUCUUCAAACAUUAUUAGGACAAGGGAACUUUGGUCAGGUAUGGAAAGCCGAAGCAGAUGAUCUAAAUGGCCACGAUGGACUGACACGGCUGGUGGCAGUUAAAAGCAUAAAAGAGACAGCCUCGCAGAAGGAGAAGCAGGAACUUCUUCACGAGAUAUACAUCAUGCAGAAGAUAGGAACACAUCCUAACGUUGUAACGAUACUUGCUUGUUGUACUGAACUAGAGCCCUAUCUUCUAAUAAUGGAGUACGUGAUGUGCGGCAAGCUGCUCACAUACCUGCGCGAGCGUCGGUCUCGACCUGACCGGUUCAGUGGCAGUGGAGCGCUCACGUCUAGGGACCUCACUGUCUUCGCUUACUGCGUGGCAAGAGGGAUGGACUAUAUUGCUUCUAAAGGGAUUGUUCAUCGGGAUCUGGCAGCACGUAAUGUAUUGGUGGAUCACAACAAGCUGUGUAAGAUUGCAGACUUCGGAAUGUCGAGGUGUGCGGGCUCAGGUGCCAGGCAAGCACGAGGUGCGCUACCUGUGCGCUGGAUGGCGCCCGAAGCUCUCCUUUACAACGUGCACAGCCACCAGACUGACGUCUGGGCCUUUGGCAUACUGCUGUGGGAGAUCGUCACGCUGGGUUCAACGCCAUAUGCUACGAUGUCAGGCCGUGAAGUGUUAGCAGCAGUCACGGAAGGCUACAGGCUGGAGCGGCCUCCACACUGCAAGCCACAGCUGUACCGGGCCAUGCACUCGUGCUGGCACGCAGACCCAUCCCAAAGACCCACCUUCGCCUCUCUGAAGUCUCAGCUUGCAGAGCUUCUUGACAAUGAACCUUCAGAAGGAAACUACGUGGACUUGGACUCCUUUUACCAAGAGUCCUCGGUUUACAGCGACCCGUCGGCCAUUAUUAACGAUGACGAAGGUCUCUCGGCAGAGUAUGACAGGGAGAGGCGGUGCUUUAGAGAGCUCAGCACCGGUCCAGCGAAAUUUGAGAAUCGAGCAUUCAACUUCCGCGAUGAAGAGCUACGAAACAAAUUCGGUAUCGGCACACCGCGGAUGGGAGGCUUCGGGAUCAGGGACGUUCCCUUCAACGAUAGGAACUUCUCCGACGGCGAGUUCAACGAACGAAACUUUCCGCAAGAAAAUUUCAGUGAUACGAAUUUCACUGAACGUAAGGAUGGGAAACUAUCGACUUCUAGUUUUCAUCGAGAGAGGGAGCGAGAGAGAGAGAACCCUUUGGUCAGUAGGAACAGCUUUAAUGGCUUUCCCAGGGUAGGCACUAGGGAUAGGGAUAAUCACUUCCAAAUGGCACCUGAUGGGAGAAAUAAGAGGGUAUCAGAAUUUGAAUGUGAUAUUUGAACGCGUCGCCAAGAUUGCGCUUGAUUGCUGCAUAGUAGCACCGAGUCGUGAUUUUAGCGUUACCUGUUGGAGAUAUAAUGGGCAUAGCUUAGUCUUAUAAACUGGUAGUAGUUUCAAAGAGAGGAGAUAAUAGUAAUUUGAUUACUGUGAUCUAUGUAAUGUACAUUUUGAAGGCGAAUUUGAUUCGACAUAAGAAUACGUAAGCUUUGUUUUGUAAGAGGUUGCAAAUUUAUAUUUUGAUACGUUUUGAUAAUAUUUAAGGAAUGGAGCUCUGAAUUGAUUGAUGGAAGACAAAGUUAUGCCUGCAAUAUCUUGGAACUUCACAUUCCGACUAAUUCAGUAGAACUCGACUGAAAUGUAAUUAAUACGUGUGUUUAUACUUAGGCAUAAUGCGCCAAACACUAGCACUGAUUUGACAGACACUGUAAUAUUGCACUAGUGUGGAAUCAUGACAUAUCAAGUUAGAAUUUCAUACAAAAUGAAAUUUCAUUACUUGACAACUAUGUUUAUAAUUGUAAAUAAUUUGUUAAUUUAUAACAGUAUUUUUAUAUUAAUGUAUGCCGUGGUUUCUAUGAAUAUUGUGUAAAUAAAAGCUGUUAUGUAUGUUGUCUAUGUAUACGUGUUACAGGUGGGUAGUUUUAUGUACACUUCGCAAUUGAUACAGAUUAUCAUUUUCACUUAGCUGUCUUCAUCGCGACAGCAAAUAUAAAAAAAAAAUGUAGUUCCAAUACGAAUUGCAUAAAGGUUUUCGAAGUAAGUUUCGUUUCCAUUUUCAACAUAUUGAUAUUUUAAGUAUCAAAUGUUUAAAUAAAGUUGGAUCAUAAUGGUGCUACACAUUAUAUUAUGGACAUAUUGUAAAUAUCAGAUGUUAUAUUAUACAGAGUGUUUUUAUUUUUUUAUAUUUUAUGUUAUUUACUCGCAGUUUUCUGUUUCUCUACUCCAGAUAUCGCUGUCUAGUCUCAAAAAUUGUAUGAUUGUAUGAUAGUAUUGGUUAUAGUAAGA